AUGUCGGACAAUGUAGCUGGCUUAAAGAGAUGGGGAACGCGGAAUCGUGGAUCACUCAAAAUCCUUGCCCGUCCGCGUGGCAUUCCCAAAGGCAUAUACGCGCAGAACGCUGUGAUCAAUCAUGCCCGGACAACUCGUUUAUUUUCGGAAUUCCCCGAAAUGCCAACUCCAACUCAGCUCUUCCUUCGCUUCACUUCCCCCUCGUCACCCAUGCCACUUCCAUUCCCAGAAGAGCCGGCAUCAUUCUCAGUCACCGUCUCCUCACUCGAGAGCGAAACCUUCGACGAAGAAGCGGAAUUACUCCCGCCCUCGCUCAAGCCCAGGGAUUCGUCGGACGUCGUACCCGUUAAACUAAACGCUCUCCGCCGCCCGCUUGGGCGUUCACUCAAACUCGGCGCAACAGGUCUCCGUCUACCCCUCGCCCGACCCCCAAUAACAGGAAUCUCAUACGUCGUCGCGCGCCAGAUGUAUAGCAGGAUAUCGUACAGAAUGAUAAAGGCCCAAGGUCCAAUAGUCAAUGUACCAAGAAUGAUCUAUCAAACGCUCAAUAACGGGAGCAGAAGGGGCCCAGGGAUAACCGCCCAGUUCGGCUGCAGAGACAAGUGCCAUGAACAGGGGAAAAAGUAA